AUGCUGUCUGCGGAAAAAGAGAAAGAGAGACUAAGACAAAACUACGAAUCGCAAGAACAAACAUCUUCCGCAGCAGGAGAACCAUCACGUCAGAUGCCGGAUGCACCACCAGCCUACGAUGAAAUCCAACAUCAACAGAACCCAUAUGAUGCCCCACCACCUCCCGAACCAAACAGCCACCCCCCGCUUCAACCUCAACCUCGACCUCAGGAACCACUCACUUUCGGCUACCCAACACUACCACAACAACAACAGACCAGUUUCGGUUAUGGAGCCGGUUACGGACCAGGAUAUGGAAAACCAAUGGGUGACCCAACGCACGAUCCCAACGUAUACAAAAUCAAGCCCGACAAAGUCGACAUCCGCAUCGCGCCGCCGGAACACCUCAAUCCGCAAUACGUCGAGUUUCGCCGCCAGCAACAGGCCGGAGGCAUGAUCAACGGGGAUCCCAAGGGUCCACCAGAUAACGGACACGGGGGCGGAAGGAAGAAGAAAGUGAUCGAUCUGCUGUUUCCUGGGAACGUGGGCGCUCGGUAUCAUAAUGGUUCUAAUCGGUGA